UCGGAUGAUGAUGAUGAUGAUGAUGAUGAUGAUGAUGAUGAUGAUGAUGAUGAUGAUGACAAUGUUGAUGAUUCGGAUGACGAUGAUGAUGAUU